UUAUUAUUUGUUCUUUCCAGAUUACCAGUGAUGUUGAGCCACAAGCAUUAUUUGAAUGUCAGGAGUGUGAGUAUAAGACAAGCUGGCAUUAUGCAUACCAGAGACACCGACGCACACACUCUGCUUCCAAGGUGGUUCGGAUUCAUACCUGUCCACAAUGCCCUUACAAGACUAUGCGUCGAGAACACUUCUUAAGGCAUAUAAAAAAUGUCCAUCAGAAUCACAGGCCAUUUCUUUGUGACAUAUGUGGGAAGGCCUUCAAGAGACAAGAUGCUCUCAAGCAGCAUCAUGUCACUCAUUACCAGAGUAUGGGUGGUGGGAGCAGUGGGCAAAUAGGACCCUAUGGUUUCGUCUGUCACAUAUGUCAGAAAGUAUGCAGAUCCGCAGCUUAUCUCAAGGAACACAAGGCUACUCACUCCGAAGAGAGGUCUUUCCUAUGUGAGGUGUGUGGGGCCUCCUUUAAGACCCGAUCUGUCCAGCGCAAUCACGUCCAGACCAUACAUCGUAGACCUCGGUCGUUCACCUGCCCAUCUUGUGAGAAGAAAUUUAAUACCAAGUAUGCCUUACGUCGUCACAUGAAACAGCAUGACACAAGUCUGGAGGAUGCGGAAGUUUUGACCAGUGUGAAUAGUGAGUUGAGACUUUGUGACCUUCAGCCAAGAGGCUCAUACGCCAGUGCUAGGGAGAGGACCCACGCGGCGCCCGCCUCCCUCCUGCCCUCCCCCACCAAUCCCCCACAUACAGCGUCCCCCUCCAGGACCCUGCUCCCUCCGCCAGCCGCCCCUCCGUCUGCGUCCGCCUACCACAUUACCAUCGACGGGCAGCCGGCCUUUAUCCUGCCCCACUUGGACGGACAGCACGCAGCCAUGGCCGAGGGAGGCGCCGCGCUCAUGGAAGAGAACAACGGUGUGAUCGUGGGCGGAGACAGCCCUGGUGGCUCGGGCCUUCGACGGCUGGGUGGCCAGGGCGCAGCUGGUACGACCAUUUCUGUCCCCGUCGUGCCAACCACGGUCCACAUUGUCAAUCAGGACCCCCUGUCCUCAGCGUCCGGAGACCUGAUCCUCUCGUCCGAGCAGUACCAAGCAAACCAGGCAGCCUCAGUCGUCACCUCGGAGCCUCCUACGUAUGUGGCGCCGGAACACCCAGGCUCAACCCUUCUCUACUUGACAGGGAAUUUCAGUUAAAUCUAAACCAGCGGGAAUGCUGGUGUUCUCCUGUGUAAAAUUUGUUCAAUAACAUUAAAUCAGUUUGAGUUUGGAUCUUGAUCUCAAUAUAUUUUCUUCACUAUUUUCUGCUGAAACUGAUGCCAAUUUAAAUGCAACUGUGUCUGUAUCAGCAGUAUCACAUUUCGAGGAAGUUGACACCCCUCGUCUUUACCAACCUGCCAGUCAAAUUAAGAUGCAUUAAAGAAAAUUAAUACAGGAAAUGUAAUUUAUCAUUUCACCCUUAAAGCCUAGCAGUGAGUUUUAUUUCAAUCAGGCGGUAUAAAUUGUUUGUGCAGAGGUCAAUCAUUAUGUACUAGUUUCAGUAAGAAAUCCAUCAUCAUACUGUAAAACAUGUAUGCUUAUUAAAGCUUAUCAGGGAUACUUAUUAACAUCUCAUUAGAUUAGAGUAUGACUUAUUUUUUAUUGUAUUUUGUCUGUAAAUGCAUGAAACAGAACUCGUAUGUGUUAUAUAAAAUUUGGGUUACAUG